CACAGAUAUGCAAAUGAGUCUAAACAAACAGUAAAGCGAAGACCCACAGGAAUGGCAGAUCCUGUGAAGAAGAAGAUGUUGAAAGAAGAAAUCAUUACCUACGCUUAUCUCAUUCUCUACAUCGCUCUCUCCAGCGGUCAAAUCUUCUUCAACAAGUGGGUUUUGUCAUCAAAGGAAAUUAAUUUUCCAUAUCCCCUUGGGUUGACUCUGCUUCACAUGCUCUUCUCCUCUGUUCUAUGUUUCGUACUCACCAAGGGCUUCAAGAUUUUGAAAGUUGCAGAUGGAAUGACAUUAGAAAUAUACACAACAUCUGUGGUCCCAAUUGGUGCCAUGUUUGCAAUGACUCUUUGGCUGGGAAACACUGCCUACCUGUAUAUAUCUGUUGCAUUUGCACAAAUGCUGAAGGCAAUUAUGCCUGUGUCUGUUUUCAUCCUUGGAGUAGCAGCAGGACUUGAGGUAAUGAGCUGCAGAAUGCUUUUAAUAAUGUCAGUGAUAAGUUUUGGUGUUCUGGUGGCUUCUUAUGGAGAAAUAAAUAUCAGCUGGAUUGGAGUUGUUUACCAAAUGGGUGGUGUUGUCGGAGAAUCUUUAAGACUUAUAUUCAUGGAGAUUCUGGUUAAGCGAAAGGGUCUCAAAUUAAACCCUAUAUCUCUCAUGUAUUAUGUUAGUCCUUGCAGUGCCCUUUGUCUUUUUAUUCCUUGGCUCUUUCUGGAGAAACCAAAAAUGGACGCUCAUAGGAUGUGGAACCUUCAGCCUAUUGUGCUAACGCUCAACUCUCUCUGCACCUUUGCACUCAACUUGUCAGUUUUCCUAGUGAUCUCCCACACUAGUGCUCUAACCAUUCGUGUAGCUGGAGUUGUCAAGGAUUGGGUGGUGGUUUUAGUUUCUGCCCUUCUCUUUGCAGAUACAAAGUUGACAUUCAUAAAUUUACUUGGUUAUGGCAUCGCCAUUGCUGGUGUGGCGGCAUACAAUAAUCACAAGUUGAAAAGGGAAGCAUCUCGUAAUAUCUCUGAUGACUCCCAAGAUGCCCAGAGCAUUCCGAUGACUACAGCCUCGAAUCCGAACAGAUAGUUAUGUGCAACACUAAUCUGCCAAGAUGGUGUUGAAAGUAUAAAAUAAUUGCAAGAAUGACAGCUACUUGGAACCACCAGUUAAUUUCAUUGCCCCUGUUUAUUCCGGAAUGUUCAUCACACGCUGCAGGCAAAAAAAAAACCAUUUCCUGACUUUUCGAUUACAGAUUUGUCGUAGUUUUAAUUAGUUUUUCCACUGAUUCUUCAGCAGAUUAUUUGGGGUACUUUGUGCCACCAUCGAGCUGCAGCACCCGUUGUUAUCUUUGGAGAAAUUGCCCUACUGGGAUGAGGUAAAGUAGAAAAACUGUAAAGAAAUACUUGGACUAUUUUAAACUACAGUGUUACUAUGAUUUUUGCUUUUACUCCUUAAAUGUACACUGCUUUAUUGGA